UAAGUUGAAACUUUUUUGUUUUAGUUGUUCAUAACAAAUGCCAAUGCUGUCGAUGUAGGUAAGUUCAUCUGUUCACCAAAAAUAUUAAAUAUUAAAAAAUAUAUACUUUUGAUGAAAAUUGAAAAAUAAAUGUAAGAUAUGUCAUUUUGAUAACUUGUUCAUCCAUAUAAUAAUACAGUAUAUAUUAUGUAUAUCAUAUUGUUUCUUUAAGCAUGUGGCAACAACCCAGCAGAUAUAGGUUUUGUGUUGGAUUCAUCUAGCAGCAUUUGGCCUUCCAAUUAUUCAAGGAUGUUGAACUUUGUCAACUCAUUCAUUGAUUCUUUUCAAAUAGGCCCAGAGAAAGUACAGAUAGCAGCUAUCACGUAUAGUGACCUUGUCCACAAGGAAUUCUAUUUCAAUGAGUUUACAGGAAAGGCUCCUUUAAAAGAGAGAAUUUCAGCAAUAAAACAAAAGUUGGGCGGGACAGAAACAGCACUUGCAAUCGACUUUAUGAGGACAAAGGUGUUCAAACAUGCAAAUGGAAUGAGAGAUGACGUCCCUCAUAUAGUAAUAGUGAUCACAGAUGGAGUAUCCAGGGAACCAAAAGACACAAAACAAGCUGCGAAAAAAGCUAAAGCAGAAGGGUUGAUGGUGUAUGCUGUUGGAGUAGGUUUAAAGAUUAACAAGAAUGAACUCGAAGCCAUAGCCUCUGAUCCAAGCUUUGUCUUUGAGGUUGACAAUUUCGACGCUUUAAACGAGAUCAAAGAGGUACUCGCAAUCAAGGUUUGUGUCAAAGCAUGUGGCGAACGGAGACCAGCAGACAUUGUCUUCCUUGUAGACUCAUACAAGAGUGGAGACUCGUAUACUAAAAAGUCCCUGGACUUUGUCGGCAACCUUUCAAAGCAGUUUGAAAUCGGACAAGAUAAGAUUCGUGUUGGGCUAGUCCAACAAUGCCUUAUUGGAGGAUUUCCUCUAAGCCAAGGGAAGUCGACCAUCCGCAAAGAAAAUAGCAGUAGCCAUUUUAGAUUCUGCUUUUCCUGACGAGGAGAGGGUGAGAAUUGCGGCCGA